AUGGAACUACUUGAUGAAUCUCACGUCGUUCUUGUCACCCCUGGUCAAAUAAUAAGUACUGAUACUGGUGCCUUCUUACGUGGUCAUGGAACGUACUUAAGUAAUCACAAUGAAUUGGUGGCUAGCGUGGCUGGAAUCGUGGAAAAAGUGAAUCAACUUAUUACCGUUCGUCCAUUAGUUUCCCGAUACAUUGGAGAAGUGGGUGACAUUAUUGUCGGUCGUGUGACGAAUGUAGCGAGUAAACGCUGGAAAGUGGAUGUCAAUGGACAACAAGAUGCCAGUCUUAUGCUCAGUUCAGUGACCUUACCAGGUGGUGACCAACGACGUCGAACGUACGCUGAUCAGCUACAAAUGCGAGCUUUUUUUGUUGAAAAUGACCUUAUUUCAGCCGAGAUUCAAGAGGUUCGCUAUGAUGGAUCACUCAGUCUUCAUACACGCAGUUUACGCUAUGGGAAGCUCGAAAAUGGUCAAUUUGUAGCGGUUGCAUCUCCUUUGGUGAAGAGGAUGAAGCAACACAUGGUCACCUUGCCAGAUAUUGGGAUUGAUGUGAUUCUAGGUACUAAUGGAUAUAUUUGGGUGUCUAGAAGCAUGGCUGUUCUGGGAGAAGAGGAUAGUGAAGACAUGACUAGUAGCAUGGAGACUCGUGUAGAAGUACUGACGGCCAAGAGAAAGUUGCAUGCUGCGACACCAAUGAGUGUUGAAGACCGUCGGAAGAUUGCUCGUGUUUCGCAAGCGUUGCUACGUCUUAAUGAACAGUUUCGGAUGAUUACACCCGAGAGCAUUAUGACUACGUACGAGCUAUUGGAAUCACAAGAACGGUAA